UUCACAGUCCUAUCAUAAUGGCUGCAGUAGGUCAUAUGACCAUCUUUAUGUACACAUGACUGACCAUCUUUUGAGCUUCGUUUAAAGAAGAAUUUGUCCAUCCGUCCAAUCUGUCCCAAUCGCCAAGGACCAGGCUCGUAAAACAGCAUUGGAAAAAGGAAACCUUCCAGAAUGAGCAUCUCUAAAAGUCACACUGCAGGAAAGGACAAUCCAGUGAUGCAGUAUGUCCUCAAUCACUCUCUGAGGGAGCAUCCAGUCCUGAAAAAGCUUAGACUGAGGACAAUGGAAGACUCCUGGAACAUCAUGAUGGUGGCUUGUGAGCAGGCGCAGUUCAUGGCCAAUUUGGCAAAACUAAUAAAAGCUAAGAAGGCUUUGGAGAUUGGCGUAUACACAGGCUACAACACACUGAACAUAGCGCUGUCCUUGCCAGAGGAUGGAGUCGUCAUAGCAUGUGACAUCAGUGAAGACUACACCAACAUUGGCAAACCUUUCUGGAAGGAGGCUGGAGUUGAGCACAAAAUUGAUCUACGCAUUCAGCCAGCCUUAAAUACUCUAGAUGAUCUCCUGUCUUCUGGCCAGGCUGGAACAUUUGACUUUGUCUUCAUUGAUGCAGACAAAGUAAACUAUGACAGCUAUUAUGAAAAGUCUCUGCAGCUGCUAAGACAAGGAGGCAUCAUUGCUAUCGACAAUGUGCUGUGGGGUGGGAGAGUAGUGAAUCCGUCUCCUGAUGACGCAGACACUGUGGCCAUUGACAAGCUGAAUAAGAAGCUGCACAGAGAUGCUCGAAUUACACUGAGCAUGCUCACAGUGGGAGAUGGGCUCACGUUGGCUGUCAAACUAUAGAACUUGUGUCUGAAAAGUUCAACAAUGAAUUGGCUGUCAGGAAAAGUGUCAUUUUUAAAUUAGGGACGUUAAAUGGUUGCCAGAGCCUAUGUUUAGUUUUCUGUGUUCAUGUCAGUACAGGGAUUGUGGGUACAAAACACUGUAUUUAGGUCAUUUCAGUGACAGAUCUGUGACUUAAAACUGCAAUUAUUAGUCUAAUUAACAGUUACAAGACAUUUGAUUAACUGAAGGUAUGUGAUUUUUACUGAUCUAUCUUUUCUGAUUUAAUACUGUUCAAGUAUGUAUUAUAAUAAAAUUACUUGAGAUGAUA